AUGCCAUCCCAAGAACCAAAUAAGAAGAUGGAGAAUUUUUUCAAACCAGUCGGUGAGGCUGUUGAAGAGAUAGAACAUGAAAAUAGUACUAACGAGGGUUUAACUAAAACCGGUGUAGAGGAUGCAGAAGGCCACCCAGUCCAAGAAAUUGAAAGUUUAUGUAUGAAUUGUGGGAAAAAUGGUGUUACUAGAAUGCUACUAACUUCGAUCCCUUAUUUUCGAGAAGUUGUUUUAAUCUCUUUUGAGUGUCCUCACUGUGGGUUUAAAAACAACGAAAUACAACCAGCUUCUACCAUCCAAGAAAAGGGCAGUAAAUACAUGUUAAAAGUGGAAGCCAAAGAAGAUUUUAACCGUCAAGUUGUCAAAUCAGAAACUGCAACCUGUAAAUUCGUUGAGCUAGAUAUUGAAAUUCCACCACAAAGAGGCCAAUUAACUACUGUAGAAGGCUUAUUACAAGAAAUGCUUGAAGAUUUAUCUAAUGAUCAACCAAAAAGGAAAAUAAUAGACAGGGAAACUUUUCAAAAAAUUGAUGAUUUCAUCAGUAAAGUUAAAAGUUACAUUAAUUGUGACAGGGGAAGACUACCAUUUACCUUCAUCUUAGAUGAUCCAGCAGGCAACUCUUGGAUAGAAUAUAAACCUGGAGAACCAACCCAUAAAUGGAGUCAUACUGAAUAUUUAAGAAGUGACGAGCAAAAUGUUGCUAUUGGGUUGAUGACUCAAGAUCAAUUGGAACAAAAGAAAGUUUUAGAAGAAGCUAGUGCUCCAUACCUCAAAGCAAGCGGAUUUUUAAGUGAUUCUACUGAUAUAGAAAAUUUCAAUAAUGAAGUCCAAACUUUUGUUGCUUCUUGUCCAUCCUGUGGUCAAGAAGGCUGCGAAACACAUAUGAAACCAGUGAACAUUCCACACUUUAAGGAAGUUAUUAUAAUGUCUACCAAUUGUGACAAAUGUGGGUAUAAAUCUAACGAGGUUAGAACAGGUGGUGCUAUUCCUGAUAAGGGCCGUAAAAUUACUUUAUUCUGUGAUGAGCCACAAGAAGAUUUAUCGAGAGAUAUUUUGAAAAGUGAGACUUGUAAGAUGGAAAUACCUGAGUUGCACUUAGAUGUGCAAGAAGGUACCCUAGGCGGGAGAUUCACCACUUUGGAAGGUAUUUUAAAACAAGUAUAUGAUGAGUUGCAUAGCAGAGUUUUCACUGCAACUUCUGAUUCCAUGGAUGAAGCAACCAAGAACAAUUGGAUUCAGUUUUUCAAUAACUUAAAACAGGCUUUGGAAGGAAAAACUAAAUUUACCGUUAUAAUGACGGAUCCGAUGGCUGGUAGUUAUAUUCAAAAUAUUUAUGCUCCAGACGCUGACCCAAAUAUGACCAUUGAAGAUUAUGAAAGAACCGAGGCACAAAACGAAGAACUGGGCUUGAAUGAUAUAAAAGUUGAUACUGAACCGGAAGAAAAAGACCAGGACAAGAAAUGA